AUGCCACGGGUCGCGGGUCGCAAACGUCGUUCUGAGCCCGAGGAAGUAGACGCAGAAGACUCUCCAGCACCGGAAACACAACGUCGCAGGACAAACAAUGCCUCUGACGACGAAGAAUUAUUUGGUGGUGCCGCAGCUGGCUCCUCAACGCAAGGCGGUGCCGUGGAAGACAUGGCGAAGAAGCUCGUGCGCUUAGCAUUGGCUUGCGAGUUCCAGCGGAAACCACUACGUCGUGGUGACAUCAGUGAGAAAGUCCUCGGUGCUCAUGGGAGACAGUUCAAGGCAGUCUUUGCCCAGACACAAGCACAUUUGCGGGAGGUGUUCGGCAUGGAGCUGGUGGAAUUGCCCGCGAAGGAGAAGAUCACUUUGCAGCAACGGAGAGCAGCCGCGAAGUCGCAGUCACAGUCCAAGGGCGCAACAUCUUGGAUAGUCACUUCUAUACUGCCGUCUGAGUUCCGCGAUCCAGCCAUCAUGUCACCUCCGGCUGCGCCGACAAUAGCGGAAGAGAGCAAAUAUGUGGCAGUAUACACGAUGCUCGUGGCUAUAAUCAUGCUCAAUGGUGGCUCGCUUCCUGAUGCCAAGAUGGAGCGGAACCUGAAGAAGCUGCAGAUUGGCGACAAUACGCCCAUCAGCGAAUAUGACAAGACGGAGAAGCUCAUGAAGCGUCUAGAAAAAGAUGGCUACAUCGUCAGAGUGAAGGAAAAUACAGGUACUGGUGAAGACGACAUCUACUGGAUCGUCGGGUCACGGGGUAAAGUUGAGGUUGGAACGGACGCUGUUCGUGGUCUGGCUUCGGCAGUCUUCGGUCAUCCAGAAGAUGAGGUAGGCGCGGAGUUGGACAAAAAGCUCAAACGAUCUCUCGGACUGAACGAGGAAACGGGUGAAACGGCGCCACAAGUACAGCCGGCUGAAAGACCAAGGAGAACUGCGAAAAAGAAGGCACGACCUGCAGAGGACGAUGAGGACGAAGGAGAGGAUGAUGACGAUGAAGAUGACUAG